AUGAGUUUCUUCCGUGGCGGGCUUGUGGUGGAAGGCGACGACCAGGUGCUGGUGGACCUCCUGACCGGCAAGGAGAUGCAGACCCGCAUACCGCUGUCCAUGCAACAGGAGAUCAAGACUCUGCUUGCGCACUUCUCGACGUACGAGCUGCAGCACAUAUACCGCGAGGGCAACCAGGUCGCCCACGUCCUGUGCAAAGAAGCAUACCAGCGACCGGGGGUGUGGAGGAGCGGGAUCGUGCCGCACGCCGUGUGGGAGAAGGCGCUCGAAGACAUGCAUGGCGUGGCGCACGAGCGGAUCUGCAAGAAGAAGAACCAGUGGUAG